UUGGUUUCGUUGCUAGGUAACCGUUGUCUAGUUGUAAUAAACUAUGGUUAGUGGAGGGAAAAGCUACCUAUGGAGCUAAUCAAGUCGCGGAAAAUGAGCAUCUUUGAAGACAAACCCAUUAAUUUUGUUAAUUAUAGCGUGUUAGGUAACCGUUCGACGAGCAGCUAGAUUCACGCCUGUGUCUGGCUCUGGUUCUUGGAGCAAAAAAAAGUUUAUAGAAUUAGUGUAAGUUCUCCGGCGUGAGAAGCGAAGCAGAAGUGGGAACACGAUGUCGAUGUCAGCACAGGAAGAACAAGCGAACAUCGGUAAAGUGCUGAGUUUUCUUAGGCAAUGGGACCGCGGUGGCAGGAGAGUCCGCAGCUGCAUGUUGAACACCUUUUUGACCAAAAACACAGGGAAAACGUGUUAUGAGCUGGAGCUGGAGUUUGCACAGGUGGCCAGUCUAUUUCUGGCUCGACUCACCACAUGGAUGAGACUCACAUACAUGUUUGGGACAUGUUUGGGACUCCAGCUGAAAGCACUUGGGAUUUUCCUUUCUAUAUCAAGCCAUGAUCAAUACCUGAUGGAGUUCCUGGAGGAUGGAGGGGUUCUCACUCUCCUGGACAUCUUGAGCCACGCUCAGAGCAAAGAGGAGGACAAGGCAGAGGCCCUGCAUCUUCUGCUCACUGUCUCAAAUGCUGGUUGCAAGUACAGAGAGAUAAUCUGUGAAAGCUGUGGUGUGAAAGUCAUAGCGGAGUGCCUGGCCAAGUCAAAUGCAGAGGAAACCCAAGAGGUAGCAUGGACUCUGAUGGAAUCCCUGUCGCAUGGAAAUCCUAAAUACCUAAACCAAAUUUAUAAAUGUCUGAUUACUCUCAUGACUCAUACUUCUCCUAAGACUCAGCAGCUGGUCUUACAUGCUUUACGCACUGUGCAGUCCAAAUUGAAGACAAUCAAUCACAGCAUUGUAGAACCUCUGUUGAAUAUGCUCACGUCUCUGCAGCUGGACGUCCAGGAUGAAGCUAUUAAUCUGAUGUUAGACCUGAGGUCCUAUGAUGUAAGACCAGUGCUGCUCAGUGGCCUGGUGGCUCUGCUGAGACCUACUAACGAAGCCAUACAGGAGCACAGGAACACAGAAGUCCUAUCGGAGGCUGAGAUGAUCAAGAUGACUGGAUCUCUGCCUGUGUUUGAGCAACAAGCUGCUGCAGCUAAAGCAAUACGGAUGUUGGCUGAGGAAGACCAUGAGCUUUCCCAAGAGCUUCUCUCUCUUGGAGUGAUCCAGAACCUUCUGUACGCCAUGGGCAACAGAGAGCACAUUGAGGCACAAAUACAAGCCAGCCUGGCCUUGGCGCACUUUGUCCGCUCAUUACCAGCAAUUGAGGAACAUAUGCAGAGACUCUUGGGCAGUACACUGUUUGCAGCCUUUAUGCACAAACCUGAGACUUUGUACAUGAAUAUGGAUGAAAUACAAGCAGAAAUCCUGCUUUCUAACAAGGUUAACAUAACUGAAGCUUUGGAUGGUGAGAAGAACUCUGAAGGCUGAUAAGGAGCAGCAUUUCCAAAUGCAAGAGGUUACAGAUGACCAGUUACCUUGUUAAAAAUGUAAUAUGUAUUGUAAGUAGUUUAAUUACUUCAUCAAAAUAAUGUAACUUAUUACUUUUUGGUUACUUUUCUAAAAAAUGUUUUGAACUGGGCAAUAAAGCUCAAAAGGCCUAACAUAAAUGUAAACCAGGCAGUACUUAACACCUAUUACUAUAAAACAUUUAUUCAAGGUUUUUUUAACAUAACUUCAGUUACAUAAUAUAUUAUUGUGAAACAUGUACAAGAUGCAAACCUUAUAUUCUCUGACCUAAGUUUUUUUUGUUUUAUACUGAAAAGAAUAUAUUCAGAUGUAACCUCUUUGUAGUCGCCAACAUUUAGAUUUGUAACUGUAAUUUAAUAACAUUUUUUUAUUUUUAAUUACAGUAACUAUUAGCAUGUGCGUUUUUCUGUUGCAGCCAAGCUGUGGAAUAACUUACUCCUACAUAUUAGAGUGGCCCCUUCAGUGUCUGUCUUUAAAUUUCUGCUAAAGACAGUUUUAUGCUCUGGCUCACAAGUCAUAAUGCUUUGUGAUAGUCCUGUCUUUGUUUCCCUCUUUUGCCGCAACUUGUUAUUAUUUAAUACUUCUGUUAUUGCCAAUAGGUAAAGCGUGAUGUGCCACCUUUAGUUUUUUCCUUUUAUAUUUGUUUUAUGUUUUAAAUUUAUUUUACUAUGUAUAGCAUUUUUGCAAACACCUUUUGUUUCAAAUGUGCUUUAUAAAUAAAAUAUGUAACUAGUUAGGCUACUCCCCAGCACUGACAAAGAGGAUACAUUAUUUCAGUUUUGCAGUUCAAUAAAAUUUUGAAAAUGUGGCUAAAUA